CACAAGAAAGUAGUCCCUGUUGGAAUAAAACACAGACACUCCAGCAGGGAGGGUGGUGCCUUAGUCCCCUGCAAAGUUCACCCAGUAGGACGUUUCCUGCAGACACAAUCCAGUCAUGUCUAAGUCAAAAGACGCUGGCUCCACCAUCAUGCAGACCCAGCAGCUGCAUGCUGCCAUGGCAGACACCUUCAUCGAGCACAUGUGCCUGCUGGACAUCGACUCCGAGCCCGCCGUGUCUCGCAACACUGGCAUCAUCUGCACGAUCGGACCGGCCUCCCGAUCUGUGGAGAUGGGCAAAGAAAUGAUCAAGGCUGGGAUGAACAUUGCAAGAAUGAACUUCUCUCAUGGCACACAUGAAUACCAUGCAGAGACCAUCAAGAAUAUCCGCGAGGCGACCGAGAGCUUUGGGCCCGGAUCUGUUGACUACAGGCCGGUGGCCAUCGCUCUGGACACCAAGGGACCAGAAAUCAGGACCGGUCUCAUCAAGGGCAGCGGCACCGCUGAGGUAGAGCUCAAGAAGGGUGAAACCAUCAAGGUCACAUACAACGAUCAGUUCAAGGAGAACUGUGAUGAGAAAACUCUGUGGCUCGACUACAAAAACAUCACCAAGGUGGUGCAGGUCGGGAGCCACGUCUACAUAGACGAUGGUCUGAUUUCCCUCAAAGUUAAAGAAAUCGGCAAUGACUUCCUGAUGUGUGAGAUUGAGAACGGUGGCAUGCUGGGCAGCAAGAAGGGCGUCAACCUACCUGGAGCUGCCGUUGACCUGCCCGCUCUGUCCGAGAAGGACAUUCAGGACCUGCAGUUUGGCCUGGAGCAGAACAUCGACAUGGUGUUCGCCUCUUUCAUCCGUAAGGCUGCUGACGUUCACGCUGUGAGGAAAGUCCUGGGCGAGAAGGGCAAGGACAUUAAAAUCAUCAGCAAGCUGGAGAACCACGAGGGUGUCCGCAGAUUUGAUGAGAUCCUGGAGGCCAGUGACGGCAUCAUGGUUGCCCGUGGCGACCUGGGCAUUGAGAUCCCAACAGAGAAGGUCUUCAUCGCCCAGAAGAUGAUGACGGGCAAGUGCAACAGGAUUGGCAAGCCCAUCAUCUGUGCCACACAGAUGCUGGAGAGCAUGACCAAGAAACCUCGUCCCACUCGCGCCGAGGCCAGUGAUGUAGCCAACGCUGUGCUGGACGGCAAUGACUGCAUCAUGCUGAGCGGUGAGACCGCCAAGGGAGACUACCCUCUGGAGGCAGUGCGCACGCAGCACAUGAUCGCCCGUGAAGCCGAGGCCGCCAUGUUCCACAGGCAGAUGUUUGAGGAGCUGCGGCGCACCUCUCACCUCACCCGCGACCCCACGGAGUCUGUUGCCAUCGGCGCCGUAGAGGCUUCCUUCAAGUGCUGCGCCAGCGCCAUCAUUGUGCUCACCAAGACCGGCAGAUCUGCUUAUAUGCUGUCAAGGUACAGACCCCGUGCCCCCAUCAUCGCCGUGACCCGCUGUGGUAUGACCGCCCGCCAGUCUCACCUGUACCGCGGCGUCUACCCGGUGCUCUACACCAAGACGGCCAACGACGUCUGGGCCGAGGACGUUGAUCUGCGUGUGAACUUUGCCCUGGAAUAUGGCAAACACCAUAAAUUCUUCAAGUCAGGUGACGUGGCCAUUGUUGUGACCGGCUGGCGCCCCGGCUCUGGUUACACCAACACCAUGAGGGUUGUGCUGGUGCCUUAAGCUGAAUAAAGCCUCUCCUAUCUUUUAACCUACCUUCCCUCCAUCUUGGACUAGUUUUCACCACGGAGAGCCCCAACCAGGGUGCUCCUUCAACGGACACCCGACAGCAACUCCAUGAUUCCUGCCUCCAAUGUGUCUAGUUUCUUGUCUAAAUCCUGUUUUGUUCUCUCCCAUGUUAUAUGUGGAACUUUAGAUUGAUAUGAGAUUAACUGGCAUGGUAAAUAAAAAGGAACUGUUGGAUAAGA